AUGUUCAGCUGCUUGGAAGAGGACUGGCAGACGCAUGCGUUACCAUGUGUUUGCUGCUCAUGCAUCUUAAUCGCAGCAGCGCAAGUUAUUUUCUUCUCCUGUGAAAUGGAAUAUCCAAUAAUUUAUGAAGUGGAACGCAUUUACUUCCCAAUUCUUGCAAUCAUUGCCAUACCAGUUAACAUUGUGGCAAUCGUGAUCCUAGCUCGAGGGAAGUGUGGUCUCUCUGAAUGCAUCACUUGUUACCUGUUAGCCAUGGCAGCAGCUGAUCUCGCUGUGACGAUGACUGAUGUGGUUAUGCAUCGUUUAAAUCACAUGUAUUUUCCGGUUUCCUUCUUGCUUCUGACCCCUGUUUGUUCUCUCAGACAUGCUCUGUACAAUGUGUCAAUUGAUUGUUCAGUAUGGUUUACCGUUGCUUUUACAUUUGAUCGAUGUGCAGCUAUUUGUUAUUCAAAUUUUAAGCAAAAAUACUGUAGGAGGAGAACAGUAACUGUGAUUCUAUCAGUCAUUUUUGUGGGAAGUUGUUUGCGAAGCAUUCCUAUUUUCUUUUUAUACCAGCCUGUGAUUGUCAUCGACAAUAUUCCAUGGUACUGCACUGGAAGACCAAAUUACGCUACUUCCAUUUUCUGGAAGGCAUAUGAAUGCAUUGAAAGCAUUGUAAACCCUUUAUUACCGAUUUGUAUGAUAUUGGUCUUUAAUGCAUUAACCAUUAGGCAUAUCAUUGCAACAAGUAAAGUGCGCAAGGCACUCCGAAGCACAAGCAAGAAUCACAAUGAUCCAGAGAUGGAGAACCGGAGAAAUUCCAUGAUUUUGUUGUUUGCUCUAUCAGCUAACUUCAUACUGUUAUGGAUGACAACCGUUGUGCAUUCAAUGACAUGGCAACUGGUUAACUGUCAAUAUCAAAGCAAAUAUUUUGAUGGACCCGUUUACAUUGUUCAGCAGGUUGGUGUAAUGCUGCAACUUCUCAGUUCAUCAACAAACACAUGCAUUUAUGGAAUAACACAAAAGAAAUUCAGAGCAGAGCUGAAGCACGGGUUAAAAUUUGUAUUUACACUAAAUGGCAAAUGCUUUAUGAACUGA